AAAAAAUAUCAGCAUCCAAAGCCAAAAGCCCCUCAAGAAACACCUGUCAGCCACGCUUCCUUCUUUUGCAGCAUAUAUUUUGCAUUUUCAGACCAAAAUAUAAACUGUGAAAUUUGCAAUCAAAUUCCUCAAUCUUCCCCCUUUAACCCCCUCAAACACAGGGAAAAAUAAAUAAAAACCGCAUCAACAUAUAUCCUGGGAAUCUUCCAUUUAGUCCCCCAAUCUUUAUCCAAUUUUUUUUUUUCUGAUAAUAUUAUUCUUCCCUCUUUUCCAUCCAAAAACCCAAUCCGACCCAACAAGUUGUUGCCAGUGAAAAGACACUGCAGCCGUAAAGUUGUAUCAUUUGGUGGUUGUGGUGGUGAUAGUCAAGUGGGUUUUUUUCUGCUCAUUCAUUAGUGGAUUGUGGUCAUAGUUUUUUUUUAAAAACAUGUGUGUUCAGGAUUCAGAGCAAGUUGCAGAAGGGAUGGAUAAUCUGGGUGGAGGCGUUGUUGGUGGUGGUGUUUCUGCUGAUUUUACUCCCAGGAAGGAUGACGAUGAUGAUGAUGAAGAGAAUUGCAAGACUUGGGCUUUGCAUUCUCCAAUGGAAUUGUAUCCAGCCCGGAAUGAAAAUUGUGAUAAUAAGAACGCAUCUGCCGAUCCAGUUUCUCUCAGGACUUCAUUUCCAGUAAGUAUUCAUCUUAGACCGUUCACUUUCCUUUGAUCCUUCAGUUUUUACCUUGAUUAUGAUUCAGUAGUGCUGAAUAUUUUUUCUCCAAGUUUUGAUUUUUGGGCUGUUAGUGUUUCUUUGAGAUUUUCAUUCUUUCCUGUUUUAUUGGAAUCUUUGGUUUGCUUGAUAUGGAAGGUCAAGAAUUUUGCUUUAUUUGGUAUUUAACAAAAUGGAUUAAUUCUUCUUUCUUUUUCCUAAUUAUUGCGUUGUACAGUGAAGAAAUUAUGAUACAAUUAUAUGGAUUAUCUCUUUUUGCCAUUAAGGGAUUUUGCCCUGCCAAAUUGAAUUGGUAAACUUCUGUAGGUGGACCUUUUUUUUUUUCUCUAUUUUUUGCGGGAAACUCUUUCGUUUUCAUUGAAGGGACAAGAGCAUGCCGUUUAACAAUUUAUGCUUCAGCGCGUUAUCUAAGACUAUUCUCUUUGGCAUCUCCAGAGUUUGCUUUUUUCCCUUUCCCAUUUUUUUGCUUAAUUGUAAGUGGACCUAAGUAAAGGGUAAAGUUUGAAACUAUUUUCUGUAUGCGUUUUCCUUCAUAUUUUGGCAUCUUGUGUUUUUCUCUUUCUACCAGCUAGAAAGCAUUGGUGAGGAAACUGCUCUUACAGACAGAAAACAGGUGUCUGUAAAUAAUUUUGUUCCUUCCCUGAGGGCAGGAGAGUGGUGUGACAUUGGGGAGCGCUCCGAUAUGGAGGACACUCACAUCUGCAUCGAGGACCUAGCUGAGAACUUUGGACACAAGAAUAUUGGUGAGGAAGCUAUUUCCCUCUAUGGUGUAUUUGAUGGUCAUGGUGGAAAGGAGGCUGCACAAUUUGUUCGUGACCAGUUACCGAGGGUCAUUGUUGAAGAUGCAGAUUUUCCUUUAGAACUCGAGAAAGUGGUCAAAAGGUCUUUUGUCAAAACAGAUGCUGCAUUUGCGAAUUCAUGCUCUGUGGAGACUUCCCUCUCCUCUGGGACAACUGCACUCACUGCCAUGAUAUUUGGAAGGUCAUUACUCGUAGCAAAUGCUGGGGACUGUAGAGCUGUAGUUUCUCGUCGUGGAGCGGUGAUAGAGAUGUCAAAAGAUCAUAAACCUUGUUGUAUUAAUGAGAGGAAGAGAAUUGAAUCACUAGGAGGGUAUAUUGAUGAUGGAUAUUUAAAUGGAAUAUUAGGUGUUACUCGAGCACUGGGUGAUUGGCACAUGGAAGGUCUGAAGGAAGGGGACACAGGUGGUCCACUGAGUGCUGAACCUGAACUCAAGUUAUUGACGCUGACAAAAGAAGAUGAGUUCUUGAUAAUUGGCAGUGACGGUCUAUGGGAUGUUUUCAGAAGCCAGAAUGCUGUGGAUUUUGUGAGGAGGAGACUGCAAGAGCAUAAUAAUGUUAAACGAUGCUGCAUGGAAAUAGUGGAAGAGGCAAAAAAGCGUGGCACUAUAGACAACUUGACUGUAGUGAUUGUUUGUUUUCACCUGGAUCCACCCCCUGCAACAGCAGUGCAAAGGCCAAGAGUCAGGAGGAGCAUUUCAGCUGAGGGGCUUCAGAAUCUAAAAUUUCUGCUAGAAGGGUAGAUUCACUGUUGGUUAGCUCCAACAUUUGAUGGGGUAAAAUUAUGAAGGGCUCCGCUCUACAAUUGGUGCAGCGGAUGAUAAUGAUGAUGAUGAUAAUUCAAUUAGUUCUCGGUCCUUGUAUAUACAUUUUUAUUAGAUAGGGAAUUUUUGCCUUGUAAAUGUUCCAUUGGAUUGUUCAGCUGAGGGAAAAGAGGAAUAACGUGGUCACUUUGUUGUAUCCCAUAAUAUCAUUCAUUCCAGCUGAGUGGAAAAUGGAAGUUAUGUAGACAAGUACUACAAUGAUUCUUCGGGUUGAAAUUUUUAUGCCCGCCUUUCUUAUCAGAUUCAGCAUGCUUCAAUUAAAUCUGUUUCGAUAGAUUCAAGUUUUGACGUUAAUUUGGUAUGCAA